AUGGAUAGUCGCACUUUCACUUCUUCUGUGGGCCACCACGACUUGCCCGACGAUACCGACGACAGUUCUGCCUCGGACGAAAAACCAGUCAAAAAAACCAGCUUGGCGAAUUUGGCCGUGUUGAGUUUCGGGACCUUGGGCGCUGUAUACGGAGAUCUGGGUACGUCGCCAUUGUACGUGCUGAAUACCGUGUUCGCGGAAGUCGACGUGACCGACGAAAAUCUGAUCGGUGCUGUGUCGUGCAUUUUUUGGCUCUUUACACUCGUGGUCAUCGUAAAGUAUUGUCUUCUCGUUUUAACAUUGGGUCCUAACGGUGGAGAAGGUGGCCAAAUCGCCAUCUAUUGUAAGCUUUCGCGGACUCUGAAAAAUGGGCCUCUAGGCGUCGUGUUGCCGGGGGGCAAAGAACACGACGACCUCCAAAUCUUGACCAGAAGCGAGACUCGUGAUAGCGCCGUGUCGACUCCAUCGUUUCUGCACAAAAAUUCCGGCUUUUUACAACAUCCGCUCUUCAAAAAAGUCUUUGGCGACGUGACUUUGGCCGCUUGUUUUCUCGGAUGUGCGCUUGUCAUGAGCGAUGGACUGCUGACUCCAACCACUUCUGUCUUGAGCGCCAUCGAUGGUAUAGCGGUUGCCGUGCCUUCAUUUGAGAAAAACGUGAUGCCCGUGUCCGUGUGUGUGUUAAUUGGCUUGUUUCUGUUGCAAUACAUCGGUAUCAAGCGGAUUUCGUUCCUUUUCUCACCAAUCAUAACCAUCUGGCUGAUAACCAUAGCUGUGGUUGGCAUUAUCAACAUUUCUCGCCAUCCAGAAGUCUUUAAAGCGCUCAGCCCAGCGGAGGCCAUUUAUUUCUUGCGUCGGCAAGGGGAUGUCGACGUUCUCGGUUCUGUUAUGCUUUCCAUCACGGGUUGUGAAGCCAUGUUUGCCGAUGUGGGCCAUUUCUCGCCUCUCUCUGUCCAGUUGACCCUUGGUUGUUUCGUGUACCCAUGUUUAAUGUUAAACUACCUUGGACAGGGAGCAUAUCUCGUUGAUCACCCGCAAAAAAUUGCCAACGUCUUUUUCAAUUCAAUGCCGGGGGGCUCCUCGGGAGGGUUCUAUUGGUACGUCUUUGCCCUUUCAACGUUGGCUACCAUCAUCGCGUCCCAGGCAUUGAUCUUGGGUGUCUUUUCGAUCCUUAAGCAAAUGAUGCAAAUCGAUUGUUUCCCGCAUGUGAAGGUGUUACAUACCUCUGCCAAACACGCCGGUCAAAUUUUCAUACCAACUGUGAAUCUUAUUCUCAUGGCGGCAGUUUGCGCAACCUGUGCCGGUUUCAGAAGCUCGGGACGAGUGACUGCAGCGUACGGACUGGGAGUUUCUAUGGAUUUGUUGUUAACCACAUCGUUGAUAGCAGCUACCAUUGUGGUCGUUUACAGAGUGCACUGGGCAGCAGCGCUCUAUUUCUUACUGUGCUUCGGAUCACUCGAGAUGUGUUUGGUUAUUGCCAAUAUGAAGAAAGUUCCGCACGGUGCCUGGUUCACUUUGAUGGUCACAUUCAUCAUGAUAACCUUCUUUUCUAUGUGGAGGUGGGCCGUGGUUUGUAAAGUCAAGAACGAUAUGAAGGAAAGAAUUCGUUUUAGAGACCUCAUCAACUCAGACUCUACGCCUCGAGAAUUCGUCCUCGGUCAAAAGCGUGACGACUCGCCAUCCGAACCUGCAGUGACCAUUCGGAUCGACGCGAACAGGAUCCAAAAAUUACCUAGGCAUGAUGACAUUGCACUACUUUAUAGUAAUGUCGAGCCGCUAUUGAGAUCCACCAGCGCCAUCCCGGGAUCUUUCAAGGACUUAAUUUGCAAUUUCCCAUCACUACCCGCUGUAAUGGUCUUUUGCGGUGUCAAAGUGGCUUCGGUUCCUCACGUCGCAAGCUCCGAGCGCUUUCUUUUGCACCCUGUUAUGGGAGCAGAGGGAGUUUACAAGUGUAUUAUAAGAUUUGGCUUUAUGGACAAGACACUCGUGACAACAGACCUAUUAAAUGAGAUGUUGACGAUUAUCGAGUCUCACAAUCCUACUUACUAUCGAUCAGUGGUCAGCAAACUUGUUGGAUCGCCACCUUUACACAUCUUUAACCGCCAACACAUCCUGGGCGUCGACAUUCGUGGAGAUCACGAAAACAAGCGAAAGCUGAAGUUUAUCAGAUAUCUUUUGAUGUCCCUUGUCCAGUUCUUCCGGAGUGUGAUCAUCGAAAGGUUUUUCAGCCCUCUCUACAGCAUCCAGAGUAUACAUUCCUCUUUUGUUUCGUCGCACGAGCGCAUAAUGUAUGUAGGAAGCGACGUGAGGAUUUGA